AUGGCCACCUCCAAUUUAUCUAUCCUCGACCUUGAUCCCAAUCAUAUCUCGUGUAUUGGGGGACGGACAGUAGUAACUUGCCGGCACUGUGCAGGAAAUGCUCCAAGAGGAGCCAUCUGCACUAGCUGCGAUGGUCGAGGCUUCAAUAUUUUCAUCUGCAUGCAUUGCAAUCCCGCGGCCGCUGCGGCUGCCGUCCGAUCGAGUUCUAUUGCUGCCGCCUCGGCUACGACAAAUACCACCCCGGGCUCAUCGGCCCCGUCGUCUCCAGGCUCACUGAGCCGGAGUCCCUCCACCUCAUACCCUUCACAUCCUGACCCACGGGCAAGUAGAUCCUUGAGACGUCCGGAUGGCAGUAGAGAUGGGACAAACUGUGGACGUGUUGAGACGAACACGCCUCGCAAUCUAUGA